GAGGAGCUGAGCGCAGCAAGUUACCCGCUCUUCUUCGUUUUCUUCUCUGCUUCCCCGAUCUCCAAUGGAGUCGAGUAAUGGAGGUGGAUGGCGAAUGGUAAUGGUGCUAUAUGUCGCGGUCUCGAUGGUGGGAUCAGGGUGGUGUUCGAAGUUCGACGAGCUCGUGCAGCCGAGCUGGGCGACGGACCACGUCAUUUACGAAGGGGAGCUUCUCAAGCUCAAGCUCGACAACUCCUCCGGCGCUGGAUUCGUCUCCAAGAGUAAGUAUCUUUACGGCAAGGUCACUGCAGAGCUCAAGCUGGUGGAAGGCGACUCCGCGGGCACCGUCACUGCAUUCUACAUGUCAUCGGAUUGGGUGAAUCACAACGAGUUCGACUUCGAGUUCCUGGGGAACAGGACGGGGGAGCCGUACCUGGUGCAGACCAACCUGUACAUCAACGGGGUGGGCGACCGGGAGCAGCGCAUGGACCUGUGGUUUGACCCCACCGCCGACUUCCACGCCUACUCCAUCCUGUGGAACCCGCGGCAGGUGGUGUUCCUCGUGGACGACACCCCCAUCCGGGUGUUCUCCAACCAUGAGAACCGCGGCGUCGCCUUCCCCCGCGACCAGCCCAUGGGGGUCUAUAGCUCCAUCUGGAACGCCGACGACUGGGCCACCGAGGGCGGGCGGGUCAAGACCGACUGGUCCCACGCUCCCUUCGUCGCCACCUUCCGCGGCCUCCGCAUCGACGGCUGCGAGUGGGCUCCCGAAGCCGGGGCCCCGGCGGAGUUGCAGCGGUGCGGCGGGAGCGGGUGGGGGAAGGAGGGCCGCUACUGGUGGAAGGAGAAGGCGAUGGAGGGGCUGAGCGUGCACCAGAGCCACCAGCUCAUCUGGGCCCGGGCCAACCAUCUGGUCUACGACUACUGCAACGACCCUGGCCGGUUCGCGACUCACCCUCCCGAGUGCGGGAAAUAAACCCGGUUCUGCUCGCACUUCCACUGCUUGUACAAAAGACCCCCCUUUUGUUCACCGUUUAGCUUGUAAGUAUCAUGUCUUGUGUGCUUCUAGUUAUCAGUGACUUGGUCGUUGGAUGUAUCAAAGUUUAGGGAGUAGAGAAAGGUGCUUUUGUCUUGUUUA